AUGGUUUCUAAGUAUGUCACAAUUUUGUGUACCCUUGUUUCCACAGUUGACCUGCACGAUCUGAGUAAAAAUACAGACGAGGAUGUCUCUCAGAUGUCGAUUAAAGAACUAGCACAGUCAACUAGUGUUAAAGGAAAAUUGUUUCCGGAAGUGAUAUUCUUUAGACUUUCUCCGAAGGCAAAGCAGAUGAUUUCCGCUUUAGACAAGCUUGCCGACAGUAUACUUUUACAGCAGUUUUUGAAAGAAAACAGUGAGAAAGCGCUAGAAAUGACUGAAAAAAGAGAAGGCCACAAAAUGUUUUUGCUGAGUGUUGAUGAAGUUGAAGAGUUAGUGUGGGCGCCUUCACAUGAACGGCUACAGUCACUACAAGAGCGUCUUUUAAGUAGCGACAUUUCUUUUGAAGAGCUCGACAAGCUCUUUCAGGUGUUUAAGGAUAGUCAAGACCUUGCCAAAGAGAUGAGGCUGCUCAUCUCAAAAAAUGAGAGUCAAGUAAAGGCACAUGAAGACAAAAUAAAAAAGCGAAUUGAGCAGAUUGAACAGUACUACAAAUUACGAAACCGCAUUGACGCCGUUUGGAUUAUCCUAGAGUUCAAAGAACGUCUUAAUCUUCACGGAGAUUUUCAGUUGUUAGAAGACGUGCGUAACCAGGUUUGUCAAUACGAUAGGCUUAAAUUGACAAGAUUUACAUCACAUUGGGUCACUUGAGGUGCUCCAUUAUAACUUUCUUUACAUGGAGCUGUCUUAAUAUUUCUAAAAAGGUGAUUGUUAGGGUACCUAGCUUCUAGUCUCCAACACAGCCGAUUUUAGUGUCGUCACGCAACGCUCUUCCCCACAAACGGCUGCUGAGAACCGAACCACAUUCCUUUCCCUUUGUGUUUGUGGUCUAACGAACAAACCAAUCAUGAACAAGAAACUUGACAACACGUGAACCGCAGCGCGCUAGCAAGAUAACACGCUUCUCAAUUUUCGACAUAUGAAUCAAUCAAUCGUUGCUGAGUUUGGAUGGGCUCUGUGGCUGCAAGCAACGAAAAGGUUAAUUUGCAAAAAUGUUUCUUUAAGCGGUUAGCCAAGUUUCAAGUUAAAAAAGGUUUGAUAGUCUUUUAAGAAUCUUUCAGGAUCGGUUGGUUCUUUUUAACGUGCAUAUGUAUGUAUGAUGUAUAAUUUCAUCUGUCGGAUGUGCUCAUUCGACUGUUGUACAUAAGAAGGGUGGUGAUUCAAACAAAAGUUAGCUUGUAAACUAGCGAUGAGCGAUUUCCCGAAACUAUACCCGGCAACUUUAUAAGCACAUCCAUGUUGUGUAUCACAAUUGCUCGACUUGCUUGCUGGUGCUGCUUAUCUCAUAAAUUCUGAAAAGGACUCCACUACGACAACACUACUUUAGUUAAUUGCUUGUUUUGAUUGUUCUGUCAUUCAUGCAUGGAGCACCGAUAAAAGCAAAGCUGUGACUGGAAGAGUCACCGUGCCGCAAGCAUAGUUCGGACACCUUCCAGAAAAUGGGAGCUGAAUUCUAAUUGGCUAACCGCGUGAAAGGAAUGUGGUUCGGUUCUCAGCAGCCGUUUGUGGGGAAGAGCGUUGCGCGACGAAACUAAAAACGGCUGUGUAGCAGACUAACCUUGUUUCUAGCCUGUUGUUAUUUUACUCAUUGUUAUUUUAUUCAUGUUUAAUCAUGUUAGAGACAAAGGAAAACAAAAUGCCCGACCAGAAAAGUUAAAACUAGCGCUAUGCUUGAUGCCCUCUUGCAGCUUGAAAACGUACAACCGCUAUUGUAAGGUUAUUUUGAACUUUCUCUUUUUACUUAAACAGAUGACCAAUGAAUUCAAACAGCAAUCACUUCAAAGCAUGAAUACUGCUCUACAAAAAGCAGGAAGAGUUCUGUCAAAAAUAACUCCCAACCAUGCAAGAUGUCUAGAUGCUGUCAACAGAUGCCAAGAUUUUAUAUCGUGGUUAAAGGAAAAAAUUAAAGGUAGAAGAGUUGCGAAAAGAGUUAUGCUUUUGCAGCAAGAAUUUGUCUAACCAGUGAAAAGAGAAAGCAAAAUCGACUAACUUUAUGUGACAGUAUUGAAGCGUUCUGGGCUUCCAUUGAUAGUUACUGUUUAAAAAUCCCUAGAGUCUAACAAGCUGAGCAGUCUGCAAAGUUGUACAAAAGAUUUCCUGGUAGGAUCGCAAAGACUGUUAAAACACUGUCAUGGGGACAUACAAAUUGCUGCAAUUGGAGAGGAGUAUAAUGUACGAUUUGCUUAAUGAUUAGCAGAAUUUCGGAGGUUACAGAGUCGUGAAUUUAGGUUUUUCUAGCCUAUGCCGUUAAACAUGGUAUAAAUAAGUCAUACUGCCGUCUUUCUAAACACCAUGCGGCUGCUAAACUAACAUAGUCGUAUUUUUAUCUUAGGCCCUCAAGAACUCAAGGUCCUUGUGGAUUUGGCCAUCAUCUCAGCUGGAGAGACAGACAUGGAAACAGCAAGGAUCACGUGUCUACAUACAAGCUGCCUUGGCUUUGCUCCUCUCAUCUUUGACUUGAAAUCUUCUUGUGGAUUUGAUGAAUUGAUAAAAACAUGUGAACCAGUCUGUAAUGCAGUGGAUGCAGAUCCCAGUCUUCCUGCAAAACUGGUAUGCCUUCUUGAUGUUUGGCAUGACGCUUUGAUGUUUCGGUUUAUAGUGUUUGCAAAAUUUUAAACGUUAUAAGAAUCACUUGAAGGUUGGUUCAGUCAAUACUGAUGGUGCACUACAGUUUCCUGUUUAACCAUGAUAUUGACAAAGUCCUGCAAGAAGUUAAGCGAUGAGUGGACAUAAUGACUUCUCACAGUUAUCUUUCUAAAAUAAGUUAAUAACACAUGAUUACAGGACGCAUACGUUUGUGUCAAACUGCCAGGAUUUACAACCUUUAAUCAAGAAACUAAAACUCUUUGUUUGGAAAAUAGAAUUUCUGCUCCGAGGCUAAGUCAUUAAGUAAUCUGUUUAAUGAGAGAAUAUAGAUAAUUAACGUUUCUUGUUUCCCUAGUGCCUUGUUAAAGCCAUAGUUGACUAUUUGAAUUCCAAAUGUCACAUCUGAUUUUACUUCAUUUGCAGAUAGACACAAGUCGUCAGUUAGAGUGGCUAAAAGGAUUAGAAAAGUCUCAUGGUUCAGUGGCAAAAUCAUUUCUAUUGGAAGCUAAAGCCAUCAAUAAACAUGGUGUUUACCGUGUUGGCUGCGUCAGUAAAGACGUCGAGAAAUCUAUAGAAACAUUAACUCUCGAUGCUGUGAUCCAGCUGAAGUUACCCACGGAUGAAAAGAGAAUCACUCUUGACGACCUGAAAGAUUUGCAAAGUAAGCUGAUGCUCAUUGCCCCCAAAGCUUCGCAUGGUAAACAAGACGUGGAUAGAUUUGUUGAAGUAAGAUUAUUGUCUACAUUUUAGGCAAACGGGCUGGGGUUUGUCCAUAUUAACAUGCAAAUAUUAUAAGUCUCUAUAUCUCUUUCAGUCCUCACUAUGCCAGUGUUAGAUGUCUUGGGGAUCCCACCUUUUACUGACCGAAGUCUUUCUUGUUGUAAAGGCUAAUAUCAUCGAUUGCCUUAGUAUCAAACUCUUGGGAACAGAUAUCCAUAUCCCUUUUUAAGCUUUUGCAAGACCCUUCAGGUUGGUUUUUUUUUGCUAUCCGGAUCUUUCCAAAGUACCAGUACCUUGUUGCCUAGCGUUAAGUCUUGUGUGUGAGUUUUUUUUUUUUCUUUUUUGCGACUAUGAAAUCAUAAAAGUAAUGAAAUCAAAGCAUACAGCUGCUGAUUUUUUAUAGCCUAGAUAUUUAACACUGUCUUUCGAUUUUUUUUCAAAAUUGAUAGAUUCUGCAAUGCGUCCAGCGACUUGCUACAGUGUACAUCGCACUUCGCAAAGCUGGAGAAGUCAGCCAUCUCAAAUGGAAAUACGAAUUUCAGUGUACACCUCGGCUUACUACCAGCCGCUCUCUAACAGAUGAUUUGGUAGAAAAAAGCGAGCAGAUGGAGCAUUGUCUUCAACAGUGGAAAGACGAGUUGCAUGCCAAGCGUAUGAUGUAUAGUGAAUUGAAUCACUUCACCACCCGGCAGUUGUUGGUCCUUCGAAGGCAGCUGGCUAAGGUUCAGCGAAGAGGUCCCAAGACUGUCAAUAGCAUUCCUCUUAAGGUUUAUAACCUUUUAGAGAGUGUGUUGCCGGGCGUUGAGCCAGUCAUUCUUAAGUCGGUGCUUAUUUCGCAGUCGUCACACGAGGAGAUGUUUCAAACGCUAGUGUCAAAAUUGGAAUCAAUUGGUUACCCCGCAGAGGCCGAGCAGAUUGCCAUAGCAGCAUUGAAUUCAUGUAAAGAGGCCAGCGAAACAGAUCUUAUUGUGUGGUGUGUGAAAAACGCCAGCAACAAAGAUGUAAUUGAUAAAAGUUACUCAGAAGCUCUCCAUGAUCCCAGAUAUUUGGCGCUUAUCGAUAAAGACCUAGCCGCUCCUGCUGAAAAAGGAAGGUAAGCUAUCUACGGGAUGGUGAGUUCCAUUUGUGCAUAUUUCGUAAGGUGGCCCGGGCCCUCAGAGAGUUAUUGGACAUUUUGAGCAAAUCUUCAGGAAAGUGGAAUAACCGCUACAGAAUUGAAGACACGAAAUAGCGAAAUGACUACAUCGUCUUUAUCAUGUCAACCAGAAUAGGCAAUUAAUCUUUUUUUUCUCUGUCCAAUGAAAUGUUGUUUUCUCAAACUAAUUGUCUUGUAACAGAUUCCACUGAAGGCACUAUACAUGUUGUGCUUAAUUUUCUAACCCCAAAAUGUAGUUUUCUACUGAAAUCAAACUUGACGCACAGUCAAACCAGGAAAACAAUAAAUGAUACAGUGGCUAUAGUUUAUAUUUUCCUGAUCAGGUUUUAGCGUAAACUGAGUAACAAACAAUCAUUCAUUGCUUUGCUUGUAACUGUUUUCUGCUUUUUAAGUCCUUCUGAGGACAGGAUGAUUGAGCCAGAGGAAGUUUCACAACUUAUGAAAACUGCACUUAGUCUUGACCAGACCGCAGGCGGGGAGUUCC